AUGCCAAGCUGGUUGAAGUCGGAAUUUGACUCCAAGUCCACCAAAUAUUCCAAGGACUUCGCUGUUUUUGAUCGCGAAGUGGCAGAAAGCCUGCAGAAUGACUUGGAUCGAAUGAUAUUGCCCGAGACAAUUCGGUGGCGCAUCCAAACCGCGAUGCCAAUUCUUUUUCCAUCCAUUCGGCAUUCGAUCUCUUGCCAGCCUCCAUCCGUGUCCCCUGCUGCCUUUUCUUUUCUUCAGCCCAGCAAUCUAUUAACCAUAUCAAAUCCUAGCAGUUCGAUUUUGCCUCAAGAGGAAUCAAGCUUCAUUAAUACGUUCAACCACAAAUGUGAAAACAAAGCUGUUGCUAGUAGAGCAGGACCCUGA